GACGUUAAUAUGCUUAUUUAAUGCUUUUUUGCUGAUUCUAUGAAAAUAAAAGACUGUUAACACGUUCACCUGCACGCAGCGAUUACAGAAGUUACACCGAGACGCGUAAAUCACAGCCACACAGCUGUUCAUCAAAUUCUACUGGCGCUGCAUUUACUAAGGAGUGAAUCAUACCGCGUUAUUGUUAGUGAAUGAACGUUCCUGUGGUUUGCAGACCAUUUUCUUUUAUCUAUUAGUCACCUUUAUUAGGGAAUAAUGCCAAAACAAAAAUCCACACCGGAUGAAUGGAUAAGGGGUUUUCCUGAAUUAAAAAUCGAAAAUGGUAGAAUAUUUUGCAGAGCUUGCGUUAAAACGAUACAAAAUGAUAAAAAAUAUAACGUCACGCAACAUGUACAAACCACUCUUCAUGUAGAAAGGCGGAAAAAAUUUGAAAUUGAAAAAUCCAAACAACAAACAUUAGUGGAAUCUGUUGCAUCCUCUUCGCGACAGGACGAACAAUUCAAGUUUAAUUUUGAUUUAUGUGAAAUGAUGAUUCAGGCCAAUAUACCUUUAAAGAAGUUGGAAAACGGCCCGUUUCGUCAAUUCCUGCAAACCUAUUGCAAUAGGCACAUCCCGGCUGAGACUACUCUUCGCAAAAAUUACGUGGAGCCCGUGUUUCUACAAGUAUAUAGAAAAAUUCAGCAAUUAAUCGGAAACAAUUAUAUAUGGUUUGCGGUGGAUGAAACCACCGAUAGUUGUGGUAGAUAUGUAGCAAGUUUAAUAGUUGGCGUUUUAAAUGAAGACAUUGCUACACAAGGGUAUGUGGUGAGUUUGAAAGAAUUGCCAAAAACGAACAGUGAUACAAUAACUCGAUUUGUCAAUGAAAGUCUUACAUCAUUGUUUCUGCCAAAUGCUGUGCCUACAACUAAGAUUUUAUUGAUGAUUUCUGAUGCCGCGGCGUACAUGUUAAAAGCUGGACGCAAUUUAAAAAUUUUGUACGAAAGUUUAAUUCACUGUACAUGCGUCGCACAUGGGGUAAACAGAGUAGCAGAAACUGUACGGCUACAAUUUCCGGAAGUUAAUAAAUUAAUUUCCAACGGUAAAAAAAUUUUUGUAAAAGCACCACUAAGGGUACAACAAUUUAAAGAAAAAUUCCCAGAUUUACCCUUACCCCCAGAACCAAUUUUAACCCGAUGGGGAACAUGGCUAGAAGCGGCUUCCUACUACAGUACAUACAUUAACCAGUUCGAAGAAGUCGUUACGCAAUUUGAUGCAGAGGCUACCCAAUCCGUUAAGAAUUGCGUAAAUAUUUUUCAAAAUAAAAAGUUGCGUCAAGAUUUGGCAUUUUUAAAAGGAAACUACACCUUUAUAUGCACUGUGAUAGCCAAAUUAGAGAAACAAAGUGUACCGUUAGUUGAAUCAACUGGCAUAAUUCAAGAUUUUAAAGAACAGAUCCAAGCAGUACCAGGACAACUUGGGCGUGUCGUCCAUGGAAAAUUACAAGAUGUCUUCAAUAAAAAUAGUGGAUUUGAAGUUUUAUUAAAAGUAGCUCGGGUGUUACAAGAAAAGACGGUAGACUGUAAAACGGAAGAUAUCCUUAUGUUUGCUACGGGACUGAAAAGUGAACCACCGUUAGGAUUUCCUCAACGGCCUACUAUUAAGUUCUUGUAUGAGAGUCAUGAACUUCUACCGAAAGCCAACACGUGUGAGAUGUCUCUAUCACUUCCAACUGUCCACCAAAACUAUAAGGAAUUUCAACGUUAUCUCUUAUGGGGUUUUCAUGAAGGGAUGGUUUUCGGAUUUGAAUGA